AUUAAAAAGGAAAGUUCCCAAAAUAGUAAUAUUCCGUUUAAAACAUAUUUUUACCGAACAAAAAUAUACUUAUAACCGAGAAAUAAAACUAAUUUGAUUUGAAUUAAUUAGAAUAAAAAAUAAUUUUACUUGAGUUUGAAUUUGACAGAAUUUAUUUAACUCGACUAAUCCAAUUUAUAUCCUAAAUCAAAGAUCUAACCACAAUUAAAAUAUAUAAUUUAUAAUAAUAAUAUAUUUAUUUUUAUACAUAUUUAUUGUAGGAUGACUCAAAAUAUAUUAAUAAAUAAAAAUAAAAUAUUAACUAAUUGUUACAAUAUAAUUAAAUAUAUAUAUGUAUGAGUCUUCAGAAUAUUAUCAUUAUAUUCAUUUAUGUAAUUUUCAAUACAAACUUCAUUUAUUUUUUACUUAAUUUUAAGAAAAAUAUAUAUUAUGUUAUACAUCAUCUUACUAAAAUAUAUUUACAUAUCUGGAAAAACAACCAAUCUAAAUGCAAAUAAGAAUUUAAUCAAAAUUUACUAUAUUUAGAAUAAAAUAUUAUAGUCCAGUUCGGAGAAAUAGAUGCAAUCCAACAUACCUAGGUGAUAAACAAAUCGAUUGUUUACCCAGAAACAACCAAACCGACUAAAUAAAACAUAUCCAAAAUCAUAUGUCUAGUUAAAAUAAUAUAAUAUUAUCAAAACAAAUUAUACAAAUAAAUUAUAAAUUUAGUUAAAGCCAAAAGUAAAUAUCAAUUAAUUAUAAUAUAUUAUCUUUAUAAAUAUUUAUAUCCGUGCAUGAUCACGGGAGAAUCACCUUGUAUAUAUAUACAUUAGAUGGAGCAAAGAAUAUAUUCUCUUUAGCCAUAAAUAAUUGAUGGGGUAAGGAAUAUUUGUAUUUGAAGCCUAAGAUGAUUAUAAAUUGUAAACAAGCUCGACAUCGUUUCAUAACACAAGAAACAAACUUUCUAAAAAAUGGGAGAUUUCUUUCAAUCAAGAGAAUGGAUGUAUAAAAGAUUAAAACGUUCUGAUCAUAGUUUGUGCGAGAAAUUUAUUGAGGGUGUAAACACUUUUAUUUCUUUUGCUUGUAAUCAAGCAUUUUUUCUUGAGUGUGGGAAGUUGUUUUGUCCUUGUAAAAAAUGCAAGAAUCAAAAAUAUCGCGAUGUUGAUACAGUGACGAAACAUCUUAUGUUGAAAGGAUUUACAGAAAAUUAUUACUUGUGGACGCAUCACGGAGAAAAUUGGCAAUACAAUGAUGGUGAAGCCUGUUCAUACGGCAAUUUCAAAACCUGUUCAUACAGCAAUUUCAGAUAUCGCACUCUUCUUUCGAGAUAUAUCUGCCAAAAUCUUGAAGAUUGAAGAUGUUGCUAGACUGAAAGAAAAUAUUGCAAUUAUGCUUUGCAAUCUUGAAAAAAUAUUUCCACCGGCAUUCUUUGAUGUGAUAGAACAUCUACCUGUCCAUCUCCCAGAUGAAGCUUUACUAGGUGGUCCGGUCCAAUAUAGGUGGAUGUAUCCGUUUGAACGAUACAUGUAUCAUCUGAAAAAAAAGGUUAAAAACAAAGCCAGGAUCGGAGGAUCAAUAGUGGCUCAGUGUGUGAAUGAAGAAAUUUCUUACGUGACAAAUAAUUAUAUUGCACCUUCAACAGUUCAAGUCCCUGAAAAAGAUGUCAACGAAAUCAGAUUCACUUACAAAUAUCUUGAUGUUCCAAUAAUGUUCCAGCAAGAAGGAAGAAUCAGUGGAAAAUCAAGUAGUGCAUGGUUAAAUGAUGAAGAUUAUAAUAUUCUUCAGACAUUUUUAUUGCUCAACUGUGAAGUAUUUGAACCAUAUGAGAGGAUGUUUGAAGAUUAUAUGAUGGAUAACCACCCAAACAUAACUUCUAAAGAUAUGACAAGAGCAAAAGAUGAAAAAUUUGCAAUGUGGUGUAAAGAUUACAUUAACAAUGCUAGCAAAUCAUUUGAAUUUCCAUUGUGGAUGUUGGAAUUUGUACAAGGUCCAAAGCACCAAAUCACGUCAUGGCCUAUGUAUUAUUCGAGAGGAUAUCAUUACCACACACAAAGCCAUGGACAAAAUAAAAAGACAAUGAAUUUUCGUGUUUGUGUUCCUGGAACUACUGAGACCGAGUAUUUUGGACUUAUCGAAGAAAUAUUCAUGAUAGAGUAUCAUGGUGCCGUUGGGUUAAAAGCCAUGAUUUUUAAAUAUCAUUGGUUCAACAUCGAUCAAGGAAUACGAAGACAUCCAUCUGGCAUUGUUGAUGUUUGCCCACAAAUGCAUUAUGACAAGUACGAUCCUUUUAUAUUACCAGAACAAUGUGAUCAAGUAUGUUAUGUUCCUUAUCCUCGUCUACGAUCAAGAAGAGAAGAAUGGUGGACAACAAUAAAAGUUAUGCCGAGAGGAUUUUUUGAAACUAAAGAAGUUUCUGAUACGCCCAAAACAGGAAGAAUGGCUUUGGCCGGGUGUUUGAUAUGAACCGAGAAGGCGAUGGCACUUCUGGAACUGGAAUGGAAUGAAUGGAUCGUCAAGAGAUGCGGAAUGACUCUUGAUAUACCACGAUCUAAGGCUAACCACCUAAGAAACGAUGAAGGUGUGUUGGCUAACCACCAAACGACACAAAAGAUGAUUGGCUGACCACCAAAUCAACAAGCCGGUUCAAACCGAUGAACUAGCUAAGAACUCUCUCUCUCACUCAGAGAAAAGAAGAAUCGAAAAUAAACAACCAAAAUGAACUGAUUUUAUUCAUCAAAGGGACUACAUAUUUAUACUACUUGUAGUCAAAGAGAAUUAAAGAGAAUUGUGGGAAAACAAGGCAUAGAAAAUAGAAACAUUGACUAGAAUAUUAUUAAUGAGUCAAAGACUCAGUCUUCCAUGCAGAUUAGUCAAAGAUGACCAUUCGGUUCACGUUCUGGUCAAGGAAACCCUUCGGCUACUGUCCAGGUUCAUCCGAACCAGAUGGAUGCACGGGGUAAAGAUAAGGACGCUUGCGGGACUGUCCGGAUGGUCCGCCAGAUAAGAAUGCAUGUCCGUCUUUGGUUUCUUCACGACCCAAGCUAAGUCUGGCUCGACCGUGGGUUUUAGAAUGCCGAGUUGGUCGGGGAAGACGGGCUGUGGUUCGGUCGGUUAGGUCGUCUGGACGUGGUUCCAGCCGAAGCUCCAAUCGAGACGUACGCGGGACGGCUCGGUCAGUCUGAUCGGUACGGUCGGAUGAACGAACCUCGGUCAAAUUGUUCAGAACGUCCUGAUCUCCAUCCUGGUUGGCUCCAAUGGACUGAUCCACGAACCAGGGCACAUCAGUUUCUCAAAAUGCAAUACAAAACAAUAUUGUUGAUCAUGUGAUACCAUCCACUAAUAUUGUGCGAGUCGAAGCACAUGCAGUCCAAGAUGAUUCAAUUUACGAACCGAUGCCAAUGAUUAAUCCAGAAGAUGAAUAUUUAUCUGAAAAUGAUUUUAUCGAUCAGUAUGACGAAUAUUCUGAUUCAGAUUCGCAUUCGGACUAAUAAUAUUGUAUGAAUAAAUGGUUAAAAAAUAAUGUAUGUGUUAUAAAACAAAUAAGAAGAUAAAUAAUAAUUUGUAAUGUAUUUAAUAUUGUAUGAAUAAAUGGUUAAGAAAAUAAUGUAUGUGUUCUAAAACAAAUAAAAAAACAAAUAAUAAUUUGUCAUGUAUUUAACUUAAUUCCUUUGUUUUAAUAUUGUUUUUAAUUUAUCUUUGAAUGCUAAACUUUAUCAAAAUUCCUAUUUAAUUAUUAAUAGUAUUAUUGUAAAAUACUAACCACAAAAUUCUUAAGUGGCGGGAGUAAUUUCCCGGGUAUAUAACUCCCGUAGAAACAAAUAGCGACAAGUAGAUUGGUAACAAUCUAAAAAUUAGAAAGUAAUCACGAAAUUUUUCACUUCCCGGGUUGUUUUCCCGGCUAAACCAAUAUCAGCCACUUGAUUUAUUAAUUGAAAAAAAGGAAGCUAAUCUACUUGUUUGCUCCGCCUACAAAUAUUACGUAUCUAUCUUGUCCUCUUCUCACAGUCAAUCUCUAUCCUUUCUCACAGUCAAUUUAAAAAAAAAAAAAGAAGCUAACCCUCAGUAUCCUUUCUCUCUUCCUUACGUUCCUCUGUUUAAGAUGAAUAUCCUACGUGGUUCUUCUUCAGGGCCAGCUAAGAGGAGCCGUCAAACUUGUCUUCCUCCUGGAUUGAACAGGCCUGCUACGUCCGCUUCUCUUCCUCCUGGAGCGACCAGGCCGGCUUCGUCUGCGUCUCGACAUCCACUUCCAAGCUUAGCUGCUGUGAGGAGUGCACCAGAGAGACGUAACAUGCCUCUUCUCCAUCCACAAAGGCCCAAUGGAACUUUAUGGUUUGGGAUAGACGAUUGCAUCCGGAAAGAUGUAGUGUCAACAUAUCAGUCAAACUUUUGGGGACCAUGGUGGACCUACAGAAUGGUGCCAGAUGAGAAGAAGGUCGCUUGGUGGACUAGUUUUCUGCAACAAUACUAUUGGGAUCCUAAGCAUCACAGUCAAGUUCGUUUUCAGUGGGAACAAAUUCUGAAAAGCUCAAUCAGAGACCUUGUAAGCAAGAGGAGGAGACCAGAAGAAAAAAAGAAGCCAGAUUUUAUUGGCCUAGCAGAUUGGAACUUGAUGCUAGAGACUUGGCAGGAGGAGCCACACCAAAAGAGGAGCAAAACGAAUUCUGAGAAUGCUUCCUCAAACCCAGAUGGUUUAGGCACUCACCGUCAUACUUCAGGAUCAAAAAACCACAAGCGUUAUGCUUAUGACUUGACUGUUAAGGCUGGUGGAGUAGCACCUCCAGUCACUGAAGUAGUGCGUAUGACCCAUACUCGCAAGGAUGGCACUUUCAUUGACAAAAGAGCAGAAGGUUUUGUGAAGGCUGCCGAGGCUCUUGCAUUGGAGCGAUCACAAGGUUCCUGUCUGACUGAUGAAACCCCAUCAGCACCCUCUACCCAGCAGCUCAACGCUGCUUACAUUGAAGUGGCAACCAAUGGCAAAGGGCGAGUUUAUGGGCUUGGUUCAAUUCAGGAUAUUGAUGAUGAACCAAGUGAGAAUGCACCAGCAUCUUUAUUUACACAUGUGGCAGUUGAUGGACGCUUGACCACCAUGGAGGGUGUUGUAACUUGCUUGAAGGAUGAUGUUUCUGGCUUGAAGGAGGAUGUAAUUGGUAUUAAGCGAGGCAUUGAGGUUCUGAUGAAGAUGAAUGGAGUGGACCCUGUUACCUUUGAACCUAUUCAGCGUGAGAGCGAUGCAUCUGUUCGAACUCCCCAAUCAAGCCAAGAACUUGAACAAAAUUCUCCCGUACAUUAACUCUGAUCUUGGUGUCUUUUGUGUUUAUACUAAGUUAAGCUCUAACAUCACUAGAUGUCUUUUGUAAAAACAUCACUAGAUGUCUUUUGUAACUUCUGAAGAACAUCAUUAGAUGUCUUUUGUAAAAAAAUUUUAUAAUUUUAAUGGUAUUUGAAUGUUUAAA